GUGCCCCUCUCUGUGGUGCUCCCUCAGACUCUCCGCCCUUGGAGGCGUUUCAAAGCUCGCAGAGAGUAAUGAUCAAAUAUCGUCUCUAUCUAUAUAACGUUAGCUAGCUAACGUUCAUUUGCCUACCAGAAAGACCCCCAGGUAACCAAAAGGCCUUUAUUCAUUGGUUUGCGUGUUAGCUUCCUACUGAAAGGCGAGCCCGCGCUUUCACGCGGACUUCGACAUUAUUGUUCUGCGAUUUCUGGGCCCUGUGGUUCGCGGAUGGAUUAGCUUUGUGGCAGACAAUAUUGAAUUUGUAAGGCCUAAGGCAAACACACAGAGGUCAUCAUGGGUGACGACAGUGAGUGGAUGAAGUUGCCCAUCGACCAGAAGUGUGAACACAAGGUAUGGAAAGCCAGACUAAAUGGCUAUGAAGAAGCCCUGAAGCUCUUCCAGCGUAUAGAGGAUGAGAAGAGCCCAGAAUGGGGCAAAUACCUGGGCCUGCUUAAGAAGUUUGUGACAGACUCAAAUGCUGUGGCCCAGCUCAAGGGCCUCGAGGCAGCACUUGCUUACGUUGAGAAAGCUCAUUUGUCUGGCAAAACAUCAGGAGAGGUGGUGUCUGGAGUGGUCAGUAAAGUGUUUAACCAGCCUAAAGCCAGGGCCAAAGAGCUGGGCUCUGACAUCUGCCUCAUGUACAUAGAGAUCGAGAGGGCUGAGGUGGUUCAGGACGAGCUCAUCAAAGGCCUCGAUAACAAAAACCCUAAGAUUGUUGUCACCUGUAUUGAAACUUUAAGGAAGGCACUUAGUGAAUUUGGCUCCAAGAUUAUUACCCUGAAGCCAGUGGUGAAAGUUUUGCCCAAACAGUUUGAGUCGAGAGAAAAGGCAGUCCGAGAUGAGGCCAAACUACUCUCAGUAGAGAUCUAUAAAUGGAUCCGGGAUGCCCUGCGACCUCCUCUCCAGGGCAUCAACUCUGUUCAGUUGAAAGAGCUGGAAGAGGAGUGGGUGAAGCUGCCAACAACGGCCCCUAAACAGAGUCGCUUCCUCCGCUCCCAGCAGGCCCUCAAGGCCAAGUUUGAACAGCAGCAGGCGGCUGGAGGAGACGAGGCAGACGGAGAUAAUGAUGACGAACCUGCACCUCAGGUUGAUCCUUAUGAGCUGCUGGAACCAGUGGAGAUCCUCUCCAAACUACCUAAAGACUUCUAUGACAAAAUUGAGGCCAAAAAAUGGCAGGAGAGGAAAGAGGCCUUGGAAGCAUUGGAGACCUUGGCUAAAAACCCUAAAUUGGAGAACGGUGACUAUGGGGACUUAGUCAGAGCACUAAAAAAGGUUAUUGGGAAAGAUGCAAAUGUUAUGUUGGUGACCUUGGCAGCCAAAUGUUUGGCUGGACUAGCUGCUGGGCUCCGGAAGAAGUUUGGAACAUAUGCAGGACAUGUGGUGCCAACGAUUUUAGAAAAGUUUAAAGAGAAGAAACCUCAAGUGGUCCAGGCCUUGCAAGAGGCUAUUGAUGCAGUCUUCCUUACUACAACUCUCCAGAAUAUCAGUGAGGAUGUAUUGGGGGUGAUGGACAAUAAGAACCCUUCCAUCAAACAACAGGCCUCUCUGUUCCUGGCCAGAAGCUUCCGCCACUGUACCCAAGCCACAUUGCCAAAGAGCAUGCUCAAAGCUUUCUGCCCUGCAUUUCUCAAGCAAGUGAAUGAUUCGGCCCCAGAGGUGAGAGAUGCUGCGUAUGAAGCUUUGGGUACAGCCAUGAAGGUGGUGGGUGAGAAGGCUGUCAACCCAUUCCUGGCUGAUCUGGAUAAACUCAAGCUUGACAAGAUUAAAGAAAGUGCUGAUAAAGUGGAACUGCUGGGAAAGAAAGGUGGUGGAGGGGCGGAGAAGAAGGCACCUGCUGCAAAGGUAGCACCGCCUGCAAAGGUUGCACCGCCUGCUGAGAAUCCAGCUAGAUCCUCUGGACCACCCAAGAAGGCCUCAGCAGCUAAGUCUGGUGGACCUCCUAAGAAAGGGAAAUCUGCCUCUGCUCUGAGUGCCAAAGGAAAGAAAGUUCCUGAAACAAAGGAAUUCAUAGAGACAGAGCUAUCGAUUGAGAUAUGUGAGGAGAAGUCGGCCGCGGUGCUCCCUGCCUCCUGCAUGCAGCUGCUGGACUCUGCUAACUGGAAGGAGAGACUGGCCAGCAUGGAGGAGUUUCAGAAGGCUGUGGAGCAGAUGGACAAGAAUGAGAUGCCGUGCCAGGCUCUGGUCAGGAUGCUGGCCAAGAAACCAGGCUGGAAAGAGACUAACUUCCAGGUGAUGCAGAUGAAGCUCCACAUUGUGGGUCUGAUAGCCCAGAAGGGCUCCUUCUCCAAGACGUCUGCCUUCGUGGUGCUGGACGGCUUGGUUGAUAAAAUAGGAGAUGUGAAGUGUGGGGGUAAAGCCAAGGAGGGCCUGACUGCUACUGCCGAGGCCUGCUCCCUCCCCUGGACUGCUGAACAGGUGGUCUCCAUGGUUUUUGCACAGAAGAAUCCAAAAAAUCAAGCUGAAACCCUCAACUGGUUGUCUAACGCCAUGAAGGAAUUUGGAUUUACUGGCAUCAAUGUGAAGGGUUUCAUCAACAAUGUAAAGACAGCGUUGGGAGCGACCAACCCUGCGGUGCGGACAGCAGCCAUCACCCUCCUAGGAGUCAUGUACCUGUACAUGGGAGCUCCUCUACGCAUGUUCUUCGAGGAUGAGAAACCUGCCCUGCUGAAACAGAUAGACGAUGAGUUUGAAAAGAUGCAAGGCCAGUCUCCUCCAGCUGCGUUCAGAGGAACCAAGAAAGGAGGUGCAGAGGAGGACGGUGAGGAGGCAGACGAGCAGGAGGAGGAUGGAGGAGGAGCACCUAACAUCAUGGAUCUGCUACCUAGAACUGACGUCAGUGAUAAGAUCACACAAGACAUGGUGGAUAAGAUGGCUGAUAAGAACUGGAAGAUCCGUAAGGAAGGUCUGGAUGAGGUGGCAGCAGUCAUCUCUGAGGCCAAGUUCAUCCAGCCCAGUAUAGGAGAGCUGCCCAUGGCACUGAAGGGCCGACUCAACGACUCCAACAAGAUCCUGUGCCAGCAAACCCUGACUAUUCUUCAACAAAUAGCCGUAGCGAUGGGCCCAGCUCUGAAACAACAUGUUAAGAGCCUGGGCAUGCCCAUCAUCACUGUACUGGGAGACAGUAAGACCAAUGUGCGUGCUGCUGCCAUGACAACCCUGCAGGCCUGGGUAGAACAGACCGGCAUGAAGGACUGGCUGGAGGGAGAGGACCUGUCUGAAGAGCUCAAGAGGGAGAACCCUUUCCUCAGGCAGGAGGUGCUGGGCUGGCUGGCAGAGAAGCUCCCCACCAUGCGUACGGUGCCCUCUGACCUGAUGCUGUGUGUGCCCUACCUGUUCAUUUGCCUGGAGGACCGCAACGGAGACGUGAGGAAGAAGGCCCAGGACGCCCUGCCCACCUUCAUGAUGCACCUGGGCUAUGAGAAGAUGUUGAAGGCCACUGGCAAACUGAAGCCGGCCUCCAAGGAGCCAGUGUCUGCCCUGCUGGAGAAGGCCCGGGCAGUGAUGCCAGCCAAGCCUGCUCCACCACCUGGCAAAGCUGGCGCAGCCAAGUCUAGCAGCGACGGCGCCCCCACUGCAAAGUCAGGUCUGUCUAAACCUAAACCUGUCAUUGAUGACUAUGAUGAUGACGAUCCUGAGCCUGAGACUAAGUCUAAGAAAGUGGUCAAGCCUGGAGCAGCCAAAAAGGGUGUGCUUGGGAAGAAGGCCCCGGUCACGAAGGCCAAGGAUGAGGAGGACCGGUCUGGUGUCAUCUUCAUCCUGGUCCCCAAUGGCAAGGAGCAGAGGAUAAAGGAAGAGAAAGGGCUGAAGGUGUUGAAGUGGAACUUCCAGACCCCACGAGAUGAGUACGUGGAUCAGCUAAAGACUCAGAUGUCCACCUGCUUUGCCAGAUGGCUCCAGGAUGAGCUCUUCCAUGCUUCUGACUUCCAACGCCAGGUCAAGGCUAUCGGGGUCAUGGGAGAGCGAAUGGAGGAUGAGCUUGAGGGCACAGUCAGCUGCUUGGACCUGAUCCUGAAGUGGUUCACGCUGCGUUUCUUUGAGACCAACAGUACUGUGCUGAUGAAGGUGCUGGAGUACCUCAAGCAGCUCUUCCCCACACUGAGUAGAGAGAACUACCACCUCAAUGAAUACGAGGCCUCCUCCUUCAUUCCCUACCUCAUCCUCAAAGUUGGAGAGUCGAAGGAUGUGGUGCGUAAAGAUGUGCGUGCCAUCCUCACCAUGUUGUGUAAGGUCUACCCCGCCAGCAAAGUCUUCCCAUUCCUCAUGGACGGGACCAAGUCCAAGAACUCCAAACAGAGAGCUGAAUGUCUUGAGGAGCUGGGCUGUCUGAUAGAAAACUAUGGGAUGAACGUGUGUCAGCCAACACCGGCCAAGUCCCUGAAAGAGAUCGCUGUUCACAUCGGAGACAGGGACAACUCAGUACGCAAUGCUGCCCUCAACACAGUGGUGGCUGUGUACAACGUCUGUGGCGACCAAGUCUACAAACUCAUUGGCAAUUUGUCUGAGAAGGAGAUGAGUAUGUUAGAGGAGAGGGUCAAGCGCUCGGCUAAGAAGACCACGACAGCUGCCCCACCACCCAACAGACAGGCUGCAGAGAGGGAGAGGCCCCAGAGAGAGCACCCCUCCAACCCCAAUGCUACCUUCAUGAGGAAGCCUGUUCAGCAACCUCAGGAAGAAGUGCCCAACAAGCUCAAAAUAAUGUAUCGCACUUAUAGGAUCCAAGCGCGGGCUCAGAACGCAGAACGGGAACACUCACACCCCUCUAUCCCCAAGGAGUUUCAGCUGGAUCUAGACAUGAUUGAGAAUGACCACACGCGGGUCAGUGAGCUGCCUGACCUGGUCCAACACAAACUGGAUGAACUGCUGGAGCCCAUCAUGAUGCCAGAGCCCAAGAUCCGCUCUGUGUCGCCCCACUUUGACGACCUCCACAACAGCACUGCGUCCACCAUCAACUUUGUCAUCUCCCAGGUGGCCAGUGGCGACAUCAACACCAGCAUCCAGGCUCUGGCCCAGAUUGACGAGGUGUUGAGGCAGGAGGACAAGGCAGAUGCCAUGUCAGGUCACAUUGACCAGUUCCUCAUUGCUACCUUCAUGCAGCUGCGCCUCAUCUACAACACACACAUGGCUGACGACCGCCUCGACAAGAAGGACAUCUUCAAGCUCUACAGCUGCAUCAUCGGCAAUAUGCUCUCACUGUUCUCCAUGGAGAGCCUUGCACGGGAGGCGUCGAUGGGCGUGCUGAAGGACCUGAUGCACGGUCUGAUCACCCUGAUGCUGGAUGCCCGGGUGGAGGACAUCGAGGACGGGCAGCAGCUCAUCCGCUCUGUCAACCUGCUGGUGGUCAGAGUACUGGAGAAGUCUGACCAGACCAACAUCCUCAGCGCCCUUCUAGUGCUGCUACAGGACAGUCUUACCACUUCUUCAGGGUCACCUAUGUUCUCUGAACUGGUCAUGAAGUGCCUGUGGCGAAUGAUCCGGUUACUGCCAGAGACCAUCAACAGCAUCAAUCUGGACCGCAUCCUGCUGGAUGUUCACAACUUCAUGAAGGUGUUUCCCAAAGAGAAGCUCAAGCAGCUGAAGAGUGACGUACCCCACAGGACCCUCAAGACCCUGCUGCACACACUGUGUAAACUCACUGGAGGCAAGAUCCUAGACCACAUGUCCAUGAUCGAGAACAGGAAUGAGUCUGAGCUGGAGGCCCACCUGAGACGUGUGGUUAAACACUCUGGAAACUUCUCUGGCAUGAAGUCUGACAGGGGCUCAGAGAAAGGACAGGAUGACAGGAUGUCGAAAGCUAAAGUGAGCGACAUCCUCUCUGAGAUCUUCAAGAAGAUUGGUUCCAAGGAAAACACAAAAGAGGGUCUGACAGAGCUGUAUGAGUAUAAACAGAAGUACUCAGACGCUGACCUGGAGCCCUUCCUGAGGAACACGUCUCAGUUCUUCCAGAGUUAUGUGGAGAGAGGCCUGCGCAUGAUUGAGUCUGAGAGAGAGGGCAAAGGCAGGAUCCAGUCCUCUAGCACAGUGAUUCCCCAACAUGGCCUAGACUCUGGCUCAGUGCCUCUGAACGGAGAGGAGAUGAAACCUGCAGUGUACUAUGAGAGACUGAAGAUACUGAGACAGAGACAGGGACUGGAGAACAACUCCAGGCAGGCUCAGUUAUUGCAGCAGGUGGAGGGGGACAGUGGACAGAUGCGUCCCACCACGUCCCUGCUGUCCAAGCCCUCAGUGGCCUCCUCCACAGACAUGCUCCAAAGCAAACUGUCUCAGCUCAAGGAGUCCCGUGAGUCCCACUUCCAGCAGGAGCAGUCCCACUCCCACAGCCCCACACGCUCCUCGUCCCCCGCCGCCAACCUCGACGACCUCAAGAAGAGGCUGGAGCGGAUAAAGAGCAACCGCCAAUGAGUGACCCCUAACCCCACCUCUAUAACCAGUCUAUCCAAUGUGUUAGCCAGCCUCCACCCUGAAACCCAGCAAGCAUUGGCUUUACCUGCCCCAAAACCCUGCUCUUAUCCUGGCCUUAUUUUUCAGGGCAAUCCCCUCUUCUGUGUAUAAAUUAGAAAAAAAGAACCUGUCAUUGUAUAAUAUUCUAUAAGUGGACUAGUUUUUGUUUAGUAUCGUGGCACAAUUGUUUGUAUAUACUCAUGUGUGCUAACCACUCAAUGCUUUUAAGUGUCAAGUUAGGGUUAUAGUGUACAGUUUCCAUGUGCAAAAUGCUGUAAUAUGUGUAAGUUAACCUAUCCUUUUUUAGGUUUUAGAAUUCCUUGGUUAAACCAUAACAUGUCUCUUCUCUGAGCCUCCAGCAAGGUUGCAGUGUGUUCCAUUUCAAUUCAUGAAGUAAACUGACAUUCCCAUUUUUAAAAGAUUGUCAUAGAGAAGUAUUGCGGAAAAUCAGAAUUGGAAUAUCAGUUUACUUCUGAAAUUGAAAUGGAAUUGACCCCAAACCUGUUUCCAGGCCUUGUUAGUUUAUACCACUGUUUGCUGAACUUGCUAAUGAGCUUUUUCAUCUAUGAAGUUAAGACUCAUAAAACCUGAAGGAUUCUGUUCUCAAAGUGAAGGAAGGAGCAUGGCAUGAAGGAAUUAAUGUUUUGUAAAUAAAGUUUGCAUUACUAAAAUCUGCUUAUUAAAUCAUUGAUUUAAUGAUGCGCCCAUCUUGCAUACUGUAGCAGAAUGUUGCUAAUUCUGACUCAUUGUUUUUGUAUUUAAUUCAAAUGGAAGUAGUCUUAAAUUGUUGCUCUUAUGAGUGUUUAAUCUGUAGUGAAAAUGGCAAUAAAGCAAGUUUGUUUUUGAACAAA